AUGUUCAAAAAGGACAUGAGUACCAAGUUUGAAAUGAGUGAUCUUGGACUCCUGACCUAUUAUCUAGGAAUCGAAGUGAAUCAGCAUGAAGAAGGAGUUUCCUUGAAGCAAGAAGCCUAUGCAAAAGCUCUCCUAGACAAGACACGAAUGAAAGCCUGCAAUUCCACAAGGGCACCAAUGGAAAACAAGCUAAAACUGCGAAAGAAAGAAGCAGGAGAGCUGGUCGACCCUACAGAGUAUCGAAGUAUAGUGGGUGCACUAAGGUACUUAACACAUACUCGUCCAGAUAUUUCUUUUGCAGUAGGAAUAGUCAGUAGAUUUAUGGAAAAACCAAUGCUGGAACACCUGCAAGCAGUAAAGUGCAUACUCAGAUAUGUGAAGGGCACUGUGAACUUUGGUUUGGAAUACACAAAGGGGAAAGAAAAGGUAACUCUCACUGGCUAUUCAGAUAGUGACAUGGGAAACGAUGUGAAUGAAAGGAAAAGCACUGGAGGAAUGGUGUUCUAUAUCAACAACAACUUGAUUACAUGGGCAUCACAGAAACAGAGAUGUGUUGCACUCUCUUCGUGUGAAGCAGAAUUCAUGGCAGCUACUUUAGCAGCCUGUCAGGGAAUCUGGUUGAGAAGGUUAACAAGUGAGAUAACUGGUCAAAAAGUACCACCAGUAAAACUUCUUGUGGAUAACAAAUCUGCACUGGAGCUAAUGAAAAAUCCAGUGUUUCAUGGAAGGAGUAAACACAUUGAUAUCCGAUUUCAUUUCAUUCGUGAGUGUGUAGAAAAUGGAUACAUCAUUGUUACUCAUGUGGAUAGUAAGGAAUAG